UAGUAUAAGUAAUGUUUGGAUGAUAUUAAUUAUAUGUAUGUGUAAUAAACUAGCGUGGUUGUAACAAAGAGAUGGCCGAGACCUGGCAAUGUACAAUAACGGGUCAAGUUAAAUGAUCAAAGCCAACGACUUGUUGUGUAAAAGUGGAGAAGGAGAAAUAUAUUUCUCGACGACCGGUAACACUAUCGCUGACUUUGCAGUUCUUCAACAGUCUUUUCCAGGUACUCUAACGCACAACUGAGUUCGCGCGUUUUUGCUUCAACUUAAAGAUAAUUGCUUGCUUUUAUAUAAAUAAAUGAUGUUUUAUUAUCGCUCAUUUGUUUUUAAUCACAAAAUAUAAAAGUGGUUGCUUUAAAGGCUUGUAAAUUAAUUGUUGUGACUAAUAAAGUGUUUUUAAAGAUUGACAUACAAAAAAAUAAAUUACUCAAGAAACAUUUUUUUUUUUAAGUUUACAAUUAGUACAAAUUUAACAAAACAUAUUAUUUUCAAAAAUGGAUCUCAUAAAAUUAAAAACUACGGGAAGAUACGAAGCAACUUUGGAAAAAGUUACCAAAUCCGAACCUUUGAAAAUUGGCGAAGUAGUUUUUCAAUUGGAACCACAUCCUCUCGAUAGGAAAAUGAUUGAAAAAGCUCGAACUGAAUUAAAUGAAACAGUUGACGUCGUUACCAAGGCCCUUGAAGAAAUAAGAGACUUGUUAAAAGGAGAACCUGAACUUUAUGUUCCUGAUGAUGAUUAUUUUUUUGCAAAAUUUUUGCGACCAUGUAAAUGGAGUGCGAAACCUGCAUUUGAACUGAUGAAACGCUUCUACCGCUAUCGAGCAACGCACCCUCGUUAUUGUGAUAAUCUAACGCCCAUUGUUGAUCGUCAAAUAUUUAUAUCAGGAGUGAUAACACCUCUUCCAUCACGUACCAAUGAUGGCUGUCGAUUAGUUUUAAUAGAAGGUGGUUCUAAAUGGAAGCCCAAAGAAGUUUCAUUAGAUCAAAUUUUUCGAGGAGUCAUGCUGCUGCUUGAUGCCGCUAUUGUUGAGCCUGCGACUCAGGUCAAUGGAGUUCAUGUUAUUUUGGACAUGGCCGGAUUAUCUUUAACCCACGUAACUUACUUUACGCCAAGUUUUGCCAGUGCAGUCCUUGAGUGGGUUCAAAAAUGUCUUCCUGUUCGAUUAAAAGGUGUACACAUAGUUAAUCAACCUUUCAUUUUCAACAUGGUUUUUGCUGUUUUCAAGCCUUUCUUAAUGGAAAAAUUACGCAAAAGAAUUCAUUUCCACGGUACGGACAAGGCAUCAUUGACAAAAAUAAUUGAUCGAAAAGCUUUGCCUACGAGGUAUGGUGGAGACUUAGAAUUACCGACGGAAUCAAUCGGUCAUGCUUUUUGGGAAUAUUUUUGUAAUUUUAGAGAAGAAUUUGAAGAGGCAGCUAAGCUUGGUUAUCGCAAGAAAAAGUAAUUAAGUUGAAAAGUUGGUUACGUUUUAAGAUGCACUUUCAUG